UUUGGCGGAGCUCCAAAUUGAUAGUUCUCAGCAGGUCUCUAGGUGUUAGUUCUACUUAUUUAUCUCUCACCCUCGGACUCCAGAAUCACUGAACGAGUCAAGCUCGAACUCGGAUUACCCAAUGGCGUUCGCGUUGAGGAGCGUGAAGGUACCGCCGAACUCAGCGAGUUUGGAAGAAGCAAGAAGUCGGGUGUUCGAUUUCUUCAGAAUCGCUUGUAGAUCAAUCCCGGCAAUUAUGGAUAUCUAUAACCUAGACGACGUCGUAACCAAAUCCCAGCUCCGUUCCACCAUCGCCUCCGAGAUCCGUAAGAACUCCCAUAUCACUAACCCUAAGGUAAUUGAUUUGCUGCUCUUUAAGGGCAUGGAAGAGCUGAACAACAUCGUGGAGCAUGCAAAGCAGCGGCACCACAUUAUCGGCCAGUAUGUAUUGGGUCGUCAAGGGCUUGUUCAGGAUUUGGACACCAAGGAUGAAGGCAUGUCUGAUUUCCUGAAGAAUUUCUAUAAAAGCAAUUAUUUUUGAAUAUCCAAUUUUCUCAGACAGCUCAUAGGGUUUUUGCUUUUGAGUGGACUUCCUUGAUAAUAAUAUGCCUAAUCCUAACCUUUUAUGUUGGGUAAAAUUCUAUAGUUUGUAUUCCUGUUCACUUCUAUGUCUGUUGCUUUUCACAAACCCACAGAAAUGAUUGGUCGAAUUCUGGUGAAUUUAAGAAAUUGAUCUCUUUA